UGUUAUCGGAAGACUCGAACUCUUCGUCUUAUCUUAUCGUGUCAUUAAUUUGUGGCUAUGUUAAGUACCUACCUAGCUAGAGCAUUUAAUAGAAAAACUAGGAAAUGAAACAAAAUGCUUACCAUGACGAAUCAGGAAAUAUUACAAGAAUAUUCCAAAUCUAUCAACAAACUGAAAAAGGAAAGCAUCAGUGCAGGAAUUAAAGAAGACGAGUUUAAAAAAAUGUAUUUUAAAAGCUUAGAAGAUUUAAAAAUCAAUACAAAUAAUGUUUCGAAAAAUCGCCACAGGUUUUUUAAGAAUAUACUGCUAGUGCUUUUGUGCCUUAGUAUCCUAAUAUUAAUAACUUAUAACUUCAAAACUAUAUAUGGAUGUAUGGUCUGUAAGAUGCAGGAUUAUAUCUAUCCUGGCUUGAGGAUGUUGAGGAAAUUUACAAUUCCAUUCAUUUCAUUAUUCCCUGCUUUAACUGAAUUAUACCAAGAAACAUGUUUGAUACAAAACCCAUACUUCACAGUGGUUGACAUGGACUGCUGGCCGUGCAGCACUGUAAACAAUGUUGGAGAGGUGUUCAACCCACAGCCAGUUCACAAGCAACAGACUGCUCCAUUUAUCUACAAGACUGAUCAAAACGAAAUAAACUUGAAUAAAUUGAAAAAAUUAUAUCUUAGACAUAAGAACUUGUUUGACAAGGAAAGCCCUAAAAUGUUAAUAAACAACCAGUAUUAUUGGACACCACAAGACGUUUUUGGUUCUGAUUUAUUAAAGGAAAAUCUUUACUUGUGGAAAUUCAAUAACUAUAAUGCAGCAAGAAUAUUACGGCAAGUCAUCCCCAGGCCUAAAGUUGUACCAAAAUUUGGUCAAAGUACAGAGAGGUUCAUAAUAAUUGACUCCAACCAUGACAAAUUUCAUAUACCAGAUACAGAGUGCAAUUAUUCUUUUCUGCUUGCACUGAGUGGUUCAAGAAUUAUUGAUUUAAAACCAGCUGAAGAAUGCAAACAUCAAUGUAAAUCUUUUAGGAUGGAAUUAAAACAAUCAUAUUUAUUGUGGUAUAAUUGGUGGUACUGGAGGCCUGUGGUCCAACCUUCAAUAGGAAAUGAAACUUUCAUAGCACAUGUAGGCUCAUAUUGUUAAAAAAAAUAGAUUCUAAUGUAUUCAAUCAAUUAUUAAAAAGACUUUCAUGGAA